GCUUAUAAGCUGAAUUUACGGCAAUUGCUGUGCCAUCAUGUGGGCAAUAGCGCAGGAAAACUAGACAGCAGUGUGUAAGGUGCAGCUGGAACUAAACUGCGGAUAGAUGCAGCUAUGUUAGAUAAACACUGUGACGACGACAAGACUGUGUUUGUGGGUAAUUUAGGCAGUUCGGUGAAAGAGGAAAUUCUGUUCGAGUUGUUUCUGCAGGCCGGUCCGCUGGAGAGAGUCACCAUCGCCCGGGACAAGGAGGGCCGCCAGAAAUCGUACGGCUUUGUGUGCUAUAAGCACAAGGAGGCCGUCCCUUAUGCCAUCGCCCUGCUCAACGGGACCUGGCUGUACGGACGGCCGAUCAAGCUGCAGUACAGAUACGGUAGUCUCCAUGGCAGUGGUGGAGCAACACCUCCUACGGCAGAUGGUGGUAGUUGCAGCUCCACACACCCAGUGCACAGAGCGAUGACUCCCUACCCAGAAUCCUCUGUGCUGCAGGGCAGUGCCCCCUUCAGCCAGAGCCCUUCCCAGGAGCAGCUGCUCUGGAAUAUGCACCGUGCCCUGCCUUCUCUGCUGUGCAGCUUCCUCCCAGCUCUGCCCUGCUCAGCCCUGGAAUUACCCCAGUGGGCCCCCCCGCUCGGCCCCCCUGGCCAGGCUCUGCCCUCUCUGCUAGCUGGCAUGGGCCUGGAGGCUGAGGGGCAGCCAGGCCUGAGGGGCAGCUCCGAGAAAGGCAGCAAGCAUAGGCGGAGGAGGCUCCACGAGGGCAGGAAGAGGAGGACACGCAGACUCUGAGCCCCGGGAUACUUCGGAACCUUCCGCCACGGAUGUCACAGAACCAGAGACGAGAUGGAGCGUUUCAUGUGAACAUCUGGAAUAAAUCUGGAGUUGAUCUGAA